AUGGGAAGAAAAGAAAAGAAGAAUAGAGAGUUGUUAUUUAUACAUGACAAGAUGUAUAGUAUUAUUCCAGACAUACCGACAGCAAAAGGAUUUCAAGAGAAGGAAAAGAUCCCCAGUAUUCAAAGGCAAAAACCACUUCCGCUUAAGGCCUCAGGCAAAAGUUAUGAAGUUUUGCCUCAGGCAGGAGAUAUUUUACCAACUUCUCUUUGCUCCGAUACCGCUAGACCUUACCCAGGCAUCGACACUAACAUCAUGUCUGAACCUAAAACCAAGAAGUUGAAGGCUCCCCUUGCUUGUCUCGAUACGGAGAGAAUAAGGGAAAAAAUUGACAAAGCCGAAAAGAAGAGCAAAAAAGCGAAAAAGAAAACGGCUAAGCCUCCUCCAAAGGAAUUCUAUCUACAAAUAAAUGAUUCCAAUAAACAACACGAAAACACAUUGUAUCAGAUGCACGUUCCUCAGCCUCCAUCCAGUCCAAUAGAUCCGACAAAACCAAGAAGAAUUGUCAAAAUUCGGCAGUCGACCUCGUGCCGUGUUCUAGACAUUGGACAGUACAAGGGUUUUAUGAACUCAGUUAAAUUACAGCAAAAUGUACACUACAGUAAAGAAUAUAUGCAUCCUGACCAAUGCGUCACGUAUUUGAAUCAUGAGCAAUAUAUGGAGCAUGCAAACCCAGCUGAAUAUGCUGUAUACAAGGAUCCCAAUCCAGUCAUCGGAUUUAUGAACCCAGGCAAGUACAAUGGAUGUCCGUCUCCAACUGAUUACGCGGAGUUCAUGGAUUCCAAUCUAGUAAUGGAACAAAUAAAUGCAUUUCCUUACUGUGGAUGCUCGCCUCCAACUGAAUUCGCUGGAUACAGAAACCCCAAACAAUCCAUCGGAUACUUGAAUCCAAAUUAA